UGGCACCGUUAAUGUGUACGUGACGCAGAAGAACUCAAGAUAAACAAAAUUUUGCUGCAUACCGUCGUACUGGUCACCCGGGAAGAAGUGCACUGCUGCAGGAAUCGGAACCGAAAGUCCUACCUGGAACCAAACCCUACGCAGGAAACGAAACAUCAGGAAUGGCCGCGUGUGACCAAGAUCUGACAGGCACCGAGUCACUGCGUUGGCUGGAUGCCUGCACGUGCAGCCUUCUCCACUGUAUCGCGCCGGUCCUGACGCCCAUCUUCCUGCUUCUCGUCUUGGUGCUGCUGUGUACGCCGCUUCAAAGCUCGUGGUUAGGCAAAGAUGGGCCCUCGGAGGAAACCAGGAUGCCCCCUGCCCCACCUCGCCGCCUCGCUGGACCAAUCUGUGUCGAGGAAGACCCAUGGUUAACGCAGGCUAUUCGCGACUGCCGUAGUCUGCUCCGCAAUCAGCAAGACAUGAAACACCGCAUCACCAGGUUGCUUGCCGAGGCGAACCUGAGGACCGAGCCGUUCGCUACGAGAGAGAUUCAGCAUCGGGUCCGCACCAAUGUCCAGCCUCGGGUGCUCGGACGGGUUGUUUACAGCACUAGCCCUUCACACCCUCGGAGCGAACCAGACAGGAGAGACAGGGACGCCGGUGCCACAUCCGCCAACAUCGUGGACCACGACGGCACAUCGACCGUCGGACUCCAGCAACCCGGCGAUGCUUCCUUGGUGGAAACCCACUUGGACCAGCACCGACACCGGACCAAAUUGAUGGGCGCUUACCGGAAGAGGCACCGUCGGUGCUCGAAGCGAUUGCGGCCUCUCAGCGAGGUGACCAGCAGUGACCGCCAGUGGCUGUUGGACUCGCGUUAAUACUUACACUUAAUAUGGCACGACAGAGCAAAACUAAAAUUGCAUAACCUUGACCAGGUCCUGCGGUUGCGUUCUCGACAAAUAUAAACGACUACAAAGCACGAAACGGUCGUGUCGUCAUUGUUCAUAAACAAAAUAUUGAGAUAGACAGCAUAAACCAUUGGGCCCGAACAUGGUCUCAGUUCGCAUAAAUGAAUGACGAAUAAAGUUGAUCCAGGAAUCAUAGUUCUGGUCUGUUGUUUCGAUUGCAAAUUGCAAUUACGAAGCAUUGAUGGCAUUCUAAAAGGGCUAAACAUAAAGGAAAAUGUAUCAUUGUAUAUCGCUGAAGCGUGAGGAGGAGGAUGGCUUAUGUGCGAUGCUGAAAGCCUACGCUAACUCUAGUGUGCAAGGCGACGGAAAUGUUCUUCAUAGUGUGGUGGUCACGAAAAAAGAAGUGAACACAGUUGCUUCAAGAACGAAUAAUUCGUGCUCAAUGUGACUUCUGAGCCCACGUUGGUUUUCCAUGUUUUUUUUUUUUUGUGCAGCGUAACAGAGAGUCUGCGUGAUUUCCAAAUAAACUGAACGGUUCGACCCAUC